AUGGAACCCAGUGAAACACCUGCUGUACACCACUGCCCUGCUGACUCUGUCCUGGGAGGUGAGACCAGAGCCCCCCAGAGCACAGAGCUUAUCCCCAGAAGAGCUGUCAGUCGCUCUCCAACCUGUGCCCGCUGCCGCAACCAUGGUGUCACUGCCCACCUCAAGGGCCACAAGCGCCUCUGCCUCUUUCAGGCUUGCGAGUGUCACAAAUGUGUCCUUAUCCUGGAGCGCCGAAGGGUCAUGGCUGCCCAGGUCGCCUUGCGCAGGCAGCAAGAGGCACAACUAAAGAGGCAUCUGGCUCAGGGACUGAUGAGGAGAGGAACAGCCCCUCUCAAAGCUCCCACCCGUGUCAAGAAAGGAGCCACUCGACCAGGGGUCCCCUCUGGAAAGGAGAACAUAGCACCCCARCCUCAGAGCCCCCAUGGGGCAGUCCCACUGGCACUGACACCUCCUGGGAAGAACUCCUGUGGGCCUCUGCUGCUCAGCCGUCCCCCAGAAGCCUUACCUUUACCCUGGACUCCAGUGCCUCCUGGCCCUUGGGGACCAGGGCACUGGCUGCCUCCAGGCCUCUCCAUGCCACCUCCAGUGGUAUGCCGCUUGCUAUGCCAAGAACCUGCUGUCCCUCUACAUCCCUUCCCUGGCUUUGACCCUGGCACCUCCCUCCGGCUGCCCACCCACGGGUCCCUCCCAACCUUCCCAGGAUCUCGCUCAGUACUGACAGCUCCUCUUUCUGGAGAGCCCCAAGGGCCCCCUAGCCUGCCCCACACAUGCUCGACUCUGAUACUCCAGUCCUGUGGCACCCCAGACUCUCUUCUGCUACAGCCACAGGCCCCUGGAGCCUCUCGCCUGGCCUGGACAUCUGCCCCCUCAGAGCGGCAGCUGCAGCGGGAGGCAGCUGAGGCCCUUGUGGGUCUGAAAGAUUCAUCCCAGGCUCCCCGCCUGACCCCUUCUGUCCCCCCCAACCCUGCCUGGAUCUCCCUGCUCCACCCCUGUGGCCCACCAGCUCCUGCUGGAGGAAGAGGAUUCCAACCUGUCGGCCCCUCUCUCCGUCCCAGCCCAGCUCCUUCAGUAUCUCUGCAUAUUGGGCGCCUGGGGUCCAUCUCCCUUCUGAGUUAA